GGCAUUUUAAGAUGGAACGAAGCCAAACAAAAACUUUGAAACCCUACGUCUUUGGGAGCUGAAAACGUGUAUCCCUGGCUACUAAGGAGCCCCACCCGAUCAGAUUGUUCUUGGGACUUUUGGGGAUUUAUGGAGUUUGAAGAAGGGUUAAGUUCCAGUGGUAGAGCCGACUGGGACUGAGAGGUGGAAGCUACGGUUGGUCGGAGAAGAGGGAGUUAGUUUUGGAAAUCCUAUAGACAAAGAAUAUUGGCGGGGGGUUGCGGGGGAUGGCUUUAAACUUGCACUGCCCGCGAGCAGGGUGCUGAAUUCGAUGGGGGAAAUGCAGAGCUUCUUGGCGCGAGAAGUCUUUGCUGUCCCAGGAAUUGCUGCGGUUGUUCUCGCCUCUGUUAACGGCCCUUUUAUCACCAUUGCCGCGUGACCUUGAAACAUUUAAGCAGCUUAAUAGUAGAGUUCUGUUAAAAAAAAGUGCUGUGUUUCGUUACCUCCACACUUUCUAGUUCUGUGAGAAGAGGCGACGUGUUGAGGGAGAACAGUCCCUACAGCUACCCAUGCUUGCUUAGCCGUGCACCGGACGUACGUUUUUGUGAGUUUCUGGGGAGUAGUUAUGCCCUCAAAUCAGGAAUGUGGAGGCCGGUAUUUUUGUCGUUAGUAGUAUAACUUCUCUCUUUUGUGUGUGUCUGUGUUAGUGUGUGUGUGUUAUUUUGACCGUGCCCACGAUAACUAAAAGUACCCCUUAUGCAAUCACUUAAUAUUUGGAACUUCUGGGAUGGAUUGCAGUCUCUUUCUUAUGAAUGGUUUCCACUGAGUUCCUUUAAAGUCACUUGCACUAGCUUGCGAAAAAAAGAGAGAAUAGGCAGUUGCUUCUCGGAGGCACUGAGCUUUCCUGUUUACCCAAGGCCAGGCAGGGCUUGGCUGCCCACACCUCACUGCGUCCUCGGACCCAGGGCGGUGAGCAGACCCUGCACACCUGCUCCUAGAGAGUUAUUAAUAGAGCCCAAAGAAUGACUUACGCCGUCAAAUGAUUUUCGUGCAUGGCAAUUAGGAGGUGGUGCUCCUCUCUUUUAGCUGAAGGAAGGGAAGGCAGAGGUGUGCGUCUCCGCCGUCAGAUUGGCGGUUAGGUCUCUUCCGAGGAAAGACCAUGAGCUGGCGGCUGCGGUUUCCGAGGCCCCCACAAGCCAAGGAAAAGCAACACAAAAAGCCUGGAUCUCUCCCACUGAAUCCCCGGGGCAGCCAGUGACGGCUCUCUCCACCUGCCCUCUAGCGGCGGCUGGGAGACUUGCCACCCCAGGGUUCCUGUGGACACAGCGCGGCACCAUGGGGUCCGCCAGCAUCCAGCACCGCUCCGACUAUGUCAACCAUGACAUCAUCAUCCUGCAUUACAACUACACCGGAAAGCUGAAUAUCAGCGCCGACAAGGACAAUGGCAUUAAACUGACCUCGGUGGUGUUCAUCCUCAUCUGUUGCUUUAUCAUCUUGGAGAAUAUCUUCGUCUUGCUGACAAUUUGGAAAACCAAGAAGUUCCACCGACCCAUGUACUAUUUUAUUGGUAACCUGGCUCUCUCAGACCUGUUGGCAGGAGUGGCUUAUGUAGCCAAUCUGCUCUUGUCUGGGGCCACCACCUACAAGCUCAUCCCCGUCCAGUGGUUUUUGCGGGAAGGGAGCAUGUUCGUGGCCCUGUCUGCCUCUGUGUUCAGCUUGCUAGCCAUUGCCAUUGAGCGCUACAUCACCAUGCUGAAGAUGAAACUCCACAAUGGCAGCAACAGCUUUCGCUCCUUCCUGCUCAUCAGUGCCUGUUGGGUCAUCUCUGUCAUCCUGGGCAGCCUGCCCAUCAUGGGCUGGAAUUGCAUCGGCAUGCUGCCCAGCUGCUCCACGGUGCUGCCGCUCUACCACAAGCACUAUAUCCUCUUCUGCACCACGGUCUUCACUCUGCUCCUGCUCUCCAUCGUCAUCCUAUACUGCAGGAUCUACUCCUUAGUUAGGACUCGUAGCCGCCGUCUGACCUUUCGCAAGAAUAUUUCCAAGGCCACCCGCAGCUCUGAGAAGUCACUGGCGCUGCUCAAGACGGUGAUUAUCGUCCUGAGCGUCUUCAUUGCCUGUUGGGCGCCCCUCUUCAUCCUGCUCCUGCUAGACGUGGGCUGCAAGGUGAAGACCUGCGACAUCCUCUUCCGAGCUGAGUACUUCCUGGUGUUGGCUGUGCUCAAUUCUGGCACCAAUCCCAUCAUUUACACUCUGACCAACAAGGAGAUGCGCCGGGCCUUCAUCAAGAUCAUGUCCUGCUGCAAGUGUCCCAGUGGAGACUCUACUGGCAAAUUCAAGCGACCCAUCAUUGCUGGAGUGGAAUUCAGCCGCAGCAAGUCCGACAACUCCUCCCACCCCCAGAAGGACGAUGGAGACAACCCAGAGACCAUUAUGUCCUCUGGAAAUGUCAACUCUUCUUCCUAAAACUGAAAGCUGCCAACCCAUGGGGAGUGCUCUUACGUAGUCACGCUCCAGUGUUUUGUGGAAUUCUCUGGGCCUCGACUGCUGCCAGGGAGGAGCUGCUGUGAGCCAGAACCAGGGAGGGAGAGAAUAAGAGAAGCCUGGUG